AUGGCGAAGACAAGAGAGAGAGAUAAAAAGCUUGCCAACAGGAAAGAUGACGAUAAGAAAGAGGAAGGGACCGCUGCACAACGGCAGUUGAAGCGUACUGCUCGGGACAUCCGUCGAUUUUUCGAGCAAGCAGACGCAUCCCUUGAGCAGAACUUGAUUCCAUUCCUUGAUGAGUUAGCACCCGAUGUGAACUUUGCAGCAGACCAAGCCGAGCAAAUGAGUCCCUAUCCAAUUGAAUGGUCUGGAAGCGCAAAGAAAUUCGCCGCAGCCGAGAAAAAAUUUCGCAAAUCAGCCGAGAAAGCAGGAUACAAAGUCCCUGAAGACAGUGGCGUUAGGAUAAAAUUUUCCGACCAGGAGGCGAAAAAAGCACCAGAGGUAAAGGGGGCACAGAGAAAGAAACCGCCGACUCCUGAUAGCGAAGAUGACGAGGAAGAAGAGGAACCUGCACCUGCGAAAAAACAGCCAAAAGCGACAAAGAAGCCAAAGGUUGUAGAGAUAUCCGAUAGCGAAGAUGAUGAAGAGGAAGAGCCCGCGCCUACGCAAAAAAAGACAAAGGGGAAAAGUAAAUUGCCAACUCCUGAUAGCGAAGAUGACGAAGAAGAAGAGGAACCUGCACCUGCGAAAAAACAGCCAAAAGCGACAAAGAAGCCAAAGGUUGUAGAGGUAUCCGAUAGCGAAGAUGAUGAAGAGGAAGAGCCCGCGCCUACGCAAAAGAAGACAAAGGGGAAAAGUAAAUUGCCAACUCCUGAUAGCGAAGAUGAUGAAGAAGAAGAGGAACCUGCACCUGCGAAAAAACAGCCAAAAGCGACAAAGAAGCCAAAGGUUGUAGAGAUAUCCGAUAGCGAAGAUGAUGAAGAGGAAGAGCCCGCGCCUACGCAAAAGAAGACAAAGGGGAAAAGUAAAUUGCCAACUCCUGAUAGCGAAGAUGACGAAGAAGAAGAGGAACCUGCACCUGCGAAAAAACAGCCAAAAGCGACAAAGAAGCCAAAGGUUGUAGAGAUAUCCGAUAGCGAAGAUGAUGAAGAGGAAGAGCCCGCGCCUACGCAAAAGAAGACAAAGGGGAAAAGUAAAUUGCCAACUCCUGAUAGCGAAGAUGACGAAGAAGGAGAGGAACCUGCACCUGCGAAAAAACAGCCAAAAGCGACAAAGAAGAUUGCAACCAUAGAAGAGGAUUUAGAAAUGAGAGACGCUACGAACGAGGAGGAGGGUUCACCCGAGGAUUCCUCCGCGGAUGAUUCCUCUGAGGAGCAAGACAAUAUUUGGCCACUUCUCUUUAAAAGAGUUAGUACUCAAAAUAUGCAUACGCCCGCUUGGCGAGCACUUCAACAGGAUUGCAAGUUGCGUGGCUGCGACUUCGUUGAUGUGAAAUUCCGAUUGGAGUUCCUACUCGCCCACGAAAACCCAGAUGAAACCCCGAACGGACUCCUCCGUUCUGCGCGCAAGUGGAUUGAAACCUGUCCUGGCGCCCUGGAGCUUCUAGAAGACGGCUUUUAUGGCGACCAAAAGAUGUCAAAGCGAUUUUCGGCUUAUCGUCGGAAGUACCCCCGCACAAAUACCAAAAGUAUGGUUGGUUUGAGAACGUCAAGAUUGACUAGCGAAGAUCCAGAGGCCGAUCUAAGAGAAAGAACGUUCAUUGACAGAACAAAGCCCCACGGAAACGUACAAAUUACUCUAGCGUAUGACCCUGACAGGUGUGACAAACGCAGUGUCAAAGGCACAAUUGUACUGGAUAUUAGCUUUUAUUUAGCAGUCCAACUCAAGAGCCUUAACACUGAGCAUCCGCAGGCAAAAAGGUAUGUUCUAGUGAAAAAGUCAGACUACAGGGAGCAGGCAUACCAAUGCCCGGUGUCAAUAAUUGGCAAAAGUCGUGACGCGUCCUCACUCAGCGGCAAAAAGCUAUCGGAAGUUGUAGUCGCGUUCUUUGCUUCCGCGCCGGAUGAAAACGCCCAAAGAUGGCCGCGGACAUACGUCGUAGGCUACUUCAAAAAUGACUCACCGGAUGUACCAUUCUAUGUGUGGAGCAGGUCAGUUUUUCGGACUAAGUUUGGCGCUGGAGUUGAUGAGGAGAUAAACGCCGCCCGAAAAAAAUGCGGGCAGCUGGAGAUUCGCAAGCGUUAA